AUGACCCCCUCCUCAGACAAAGAGCUCAACGGGCUAGAUAACCCCAGCUUUGUGGGUGAAGAUGGGAGCCACUGCUGCUCCUCACUGGAUUGCGCUGCCCAGGGCCCAGAGGAAGGUGGGGACACGGGCCAUGGCAGCAGCAAGCUUGCCUACACCAUCACAGAUGUGCCCCCCUGGUACCUGUGCAUCCUGCUGGGCAUUCAGCAUUUCCUGACAGCCAUGGGAGGUCUCGUAGCCAUCCCGUUGAUCCUCUCCAAAGAGCUUUGCCUCCAACACGACCUCCUCACCCAGAGCCACCUGAUCAGCACCAUCUUCUUUGUCUCAGGGAUUUGCACCCUGCUGCAAGUCCUCUUUGGAGUCAGGUUGCCUAUUAUUCAAGGAGGCACUUUUGCAUUCCUGACCCCAACCCUGGCCAUGCUGUCUCUCCCCAAGUGGAAGUGCCCUGCCUGGACGCAGAACGCUACCCUGGUGAAUGCCUCUUCACCAGAGUUCAUCGAAGUCUGGCAGACACGGAUGCGAGAGGUGCAAGGAGCUAUCAUUGUAGCUUCCUGCUUUCAAAUCUUCAUUGGAUUUUCUGGCCUGAUCGGAUUUCUGAUGAGGUUCAUCGGCCCCCUGACAAUUGCCCCCACCAUCACCUUGGUUGCGCUACCUCUCUUUGACUCAGCUGGGGACGAGGCUGGGCAGCACUGGGGCAUAGCAUUCAUGUAA